AUGUUAAAACCAUCCCUACCAGUUUUUGGCGUAAUAACAACAUAUGCGUCUCGUAUAAGAACAGGAAAUACAUCUCUUAUUAUACCUGUUCAAGGCCAACCUGGUGCUAGAAGCACGGGAAGGCUCUCUUCUCGUGGUAGUGUAAUAUCUUAUGCAGAAAAAGAAGAUGAUGAUUGGGAUCAAAUUGCAGAAAAUGGACAUGAAACAUAUAUAGCAGAUAUAGACGAUAAUGGAGAUAACAAAGGUCUUAUGAAUGGGCCACCACCUGAUAGCGUUGUUAAGCGGAAGCCUGCAGUUAAAACAAGACAUAUGUAUAGAUCAGAUGAUCAAAUGAAAUUUGCUGCCGAAAAUGAAGAAGUGUUGAUCCCAAUUAGACUGGAUCUUGAGCUAGACAAUUAUAGAUUAAAAGAUGUUUUUACAUGGAAUAUGAACGAAGAACUAAUAACUCCUGAUCUUUUUGCACAAGUAAUGUGUGCAGAUUUAGAUAUACCCGCUUCGGUUUUUGCUCCGCAAAUUUCCUCUGCAAUACGAACACAAAUUGAAGAAUAUGCACCUGUUGCAGAAAUAUCUUUACCUGAGAACAACGAUUUAAGAGUCAUAGUAAACCUAUCUUUACAUUUAUCUAGACAUCUCUUAACGGACAAAUUCGAGUGGGAUUUAACAGGUUCUCUUACACCAGAAGUCUUUGCUAGUCAAGUAUGUGCUGAUUUGGGAUUGGGAGGAGAAUUUUAUCCAGCUAUUGCACAUGCAAUUCAUGAACAUCUCUUUAGACUAAAAAAGGAAGCAUGUGAAGGCGGCUUACCAUUUGAACUGGACAAUGAUGCUGCCUAUGGCGCAGAAGCAGGUAUUCGAGUCGAACAAGAAACUCUUGGUGCUAGUUGGGCACCUCAUAUUGAAAUUCUUAGUAGAGAAGAAAUAGAGAAAAGAGAUGGUGAUCGUGAGCGACAAGUUCGACGAACUAGAAGAGAAGCAUCUAGAUUUAAUAUAGGAACUAUUUCUAGCUUCGGUGAGCGAAAAGGUGGACGUGAUAAAAGAGGAAGAAGUAUAAGUCCAACUGGUAGAGGAACAUCUAUAGAACAUGGAAUACCAGCUGGUGUAAGUGGUGCACAGACAUUAUCUGAUUAUGAGCGUACACGCUGGAGAUGCUCUUAUUGUCAUUGUUCCGGUACUGGUACAUGGGCUGUACGUCGAGGACCUUCUGGUAAUAAGACAUUAUGCAAUCCAUGCGGUGUUGCUUAUGCUAAAACAAACGAACUUCCUAUGUGGAGGAAAGGCCUUUUUCGCUAA